AUAGGCCUCGUUCACAGAAAUGAUUCCAUUUAGACUUCAAAGGCACGAAGGACUUCAUGCUGGGCACAGUUUCUACAAAUGUAAGCAAUGCGUGGGCUCAGUGAGCUUUGAGGACGUGGCGGUGCACUUCACCCAGGACGAGUGGGCUCUGCUGGAUCCUUCCCAGAGGAGUCUGUACAGGGAUGUGAUGCUGGAGACCUGCAGGAGCCUCGCUGCUGUAGGAAGCAGAUGGGAAGAGGAGAAUGUCGAAGACCGUUGUAAAAAUCCUGGGAGAAAUAUGAGAGGUUCCAUGAUAGAGACGCCCUGUGAGAGGACAGAGGAUGAUCAGGUUGAAGAAACUCUGACACGGAUACCAGAUCUCCACACAAGCACGACAGCUUCUCCAGGACUGACGCCAUAUGAAUCCAGUGGAUGUGGGAAGGCUUUGAUGGGCCUCCGUCCUCUGUCCUCUGAGCGGCGCACCUCGGCUCUCCCUCGUUAUAAACCACAUGAACGUGAGGAUUGUGGAGCCAAGCAAUAUGGCUUGAACUCUCUCGCCUGCUUUCAAAGGUGUACGGAAGCCCACACUGGGGAUGGGCCUUGUGGAUGUGAGGUAUGCGUGAAAUCUUCCUGUUUUCCAGAUUCAUUAGGAGUACAUCAAGAGGCUCACAGUGGAAACAAGGAGUGUGGAAAGACCUCUGUUUAUGCCCAUGGAGGAAGCCGCACUAUGGGGAGGUUUUAUGAAUGUAACAUAUGUGGUAAAGCUUUGAGUUCCUCCACUUCCCUUCAAAGACAUGUAAUAAUUCAUACUGAAAGACUCUACGAGUGCACAUAUUGUGGUAAAGCUUUUAGAUAUCCCAAAUACCUCCGAUUACAUGAGAGAAUUCACACUGGAGAGAAACCCUAUGAGUGUAAACAGUGCGGGAAGGCCUUCAGAUUUCCCGGUGCCUUGCCAUUACAUGAAAAAAUUCACACAGGAGAGAAACCCUAUGAGUGUAAACGGUGCGGGAAGGCCUUCAGAUUUCCCGGUUCCUUGCCACUACAUGAAAAGAUACACACCGGAGAGAAGCCUUACGAGUGCGAGCAGUGUGGGAGAGCCUUCAGACGGCAUAGUCAUCUUCAGCUACAUGAGAAAAUCCACACUGGAGAGAAACCCUAUGAGUGUAAACGGUGUGGGAGAGCCUUCAGACGGCACAGUCAUCUUCAGAGACACGAACGGACUCAUGCUGGGGACAAACCCUACGAGUGUAAAUGACAUGGCUGAAGCCCUUUCACUGCUUAGUUAUCUUCUGCUACAUGAAAGCAUUCACACUGGAGAAGAGAAGUGCUGUCAGUGUGAACAGUGUUGGGAA